CAUCCAUCCACCCAAGGGAGAAGAACUGUGUCAUCUCCUACACGUUUGCAUUUUGGAAUGGGGUGGUGUGGGGGUGGGUUUCACCUUUUCUCCAAUUUGGUGACCCUCUACACGUGUACUCAUUCACAUACACCUCUUCGUUCUCUAACCUAAAUACCGAUUGUUAACUAAACAGCCGCUUCGUUCUGCAAUUCGAUCGCUGCUGGGUUUUUUCACUUCCCGAUCGCCGGAGAAUACUUGUAAAAUGAAGUCGCCGGAGGAGCUCAGGGCUCCGGGUAUUGGGGGAAAGGACCAGAUUGUAGUUGACAAGGGUGAUGCAGAAGAGCUUCUUCCGGGGUGGAUAAAGGAAGUGAAAGUAAGAAAGAUAGGUUCUAGAACAAAAACAGACCGGUACUAUACGGAUCCCGUCACCGGAUACACAUUCCGUUCAUUCAAGGAUGUCCAACGCUAUCUCAAAACUGGAGAAGUGGGAAAACUAGCAACCAAGCCCAAGGACAACAGCAAAAGAGAAGGAACUUGUUUCUCUGAGAAUUCUUCUGGCCCAUUGAGCGACGUUAACCUUCCAGACGCCAGUAGAUUGAAGGGACGAGAAGAAAAGAGUGAAUCGAAGGAACAAAUAAUGGUUCCAAGUCCCGUGAGUGAAACUUCAAGGCAUAAACGACCACUGGAAUAUGGGUCAGAAGGGUACAAAACGAGAAGCAAAUCCAUUGAAACGAGCAAGUUUGAAUCGCCUCAACGUACUUCAAAACGAUUAGCGGGUGUUGAUGCACCACCGCCGUCACCGCCAGAGCCUAAAACUCGUCAAGCUACUAAACUAGCCGGCAUCAAAAUUGAAGCAUUUGACGCACCAUCACCAUCACCGCCGGAGCCUAUAACUCGUCAAGCUACACGACUAGCUGGCAUAAAAACUGAAGCACCACCACCACCACCUCCAGAGCCUAAAACACGCCAUGCUACACAACUAGCAGGCAUCAAAAUUGAUGCAUCACCACCUUCACUGUCGGAGCCUAAAACUCGUCAAGCUAGAAGAUUAGCUGGAAUGGACAUUGAUGUAUCACCACCUUCACUGCCAGAGCCUAAACCCCGUCCAGCUAGACGGCUAGUUGAAAUGGAAACUGAUGCAGCACCACCAGCAUCACCGCCAGAGCCCAAAACCCGUCAAGCUGCACAAGUAGUUGGAACGGAAAUCGGUGCCCCACCACUGCCAGAGCCCAAAACCCGUCAAGCUGCACGAUUAGCCGGAACGGAAAUUGGUGCACCACCACUGCUAGAGUCCAAAACCCGCCAAGCUACACGACUAGCCGGAACGGAAGUUGGUGCACCACAACCGCCAGAGCCCAAAACCCGUCAAGCUAAACAACUAGCUGGAACGGAAGUUGGUGCACCACAACCGCCAGANGAGCCCAAAACCCGUCAAGCUAAACAACUAGCUGGAACGGAAGUUGGUGCACCACAACCGCCAGAGCCCAAAACCCGUCAAGCUAAACAACUAGCCGGAACGGAAGUUGUUGCACCGCCACGGCCAGAGCCCAAAACCCGUCAAGCUACACGACUAGCCGGAACGGAAGUUGGUGCACCGCCACUUACAGAGCCCAAAACCCGUCAAGCUACACGACAAGCCAGAACGGAAGUUGGUGCACCGCCAUCGCGAGAGCCCAAAACCCGUCAUGCUACACGACUAGCUGGAAUGGAAAUUGAUGCAUCACCACUGUCCCUACCAGAGCCUAAAACUCGCAAAGCUACAAGACUAGCUGGAAUCAGAAUUGAUGCAUCACCACCAUUGCCAGAGCCUAAAACUCGUAAAGCUACACGACUAUCUGGAAUGAAAACUGAUUCACCACCCGAGCCCAGAACUGGUCGUCAAGAUACUGUUAGACGGGCUAGAGAAGCGGAAACCAGAACUGCUGUUAAAUUGGGUACUCCAAAAGAGAAUGAGAAGAUAGCUGAAGUGGAAAAGCGCACAUCUGAUGAGAUGCAAGUGGAAUGUGUUAGAAAGAUCACCGAAAAGCAUGAUGGAAAUGCUGGCAUGGAUAAAAAGCCUAACUGUAAACAAGAAAUUUCUUUUCUUUCGCCUCCAACAACUCUGGAAAGUCAUGAGAAGAUCAAGAAGGAUGAUUUUAAGGCCGAUGAGAAACAAGAAUUCGUAUUUUCUCCCAAAGAACACCAUAACGUGAUUGAAAUGGGACCUGCUGCUCUGCCGCCAGUGAGUCACACCACCCCUAAAGAGCAAGUACCACCGACUGUUGUUCCACCGCUGGAUUUGGGGAUUCAAAUAAACGAUAAACACCAUGAAAAACAAGAAUCACCUGUGGUUAACCCUUCAAUUAACAACCCGAUUCAGCAAGAUGGUAAUGCAAAGCCUGAAUCAUCAUCCAUGAACUUUUGUUUAAACGAUUUCUGGACAGACCCAUGCAUCGAAUUUGCUGUAAAAACUCUAACAGGCGCCAUCCCAUUUGGAGAUCUGAAUAAAGCCAACAACUUUGCUGCAACUCCAUUAGAGGUACCUCUGGAAGAGCUCUGGACAGACCCAUGUAUCGAAUUUGCAGUAAAGACUCUUACAGGUGCCAUUCCUGUUGGGGAAGAAGAUUAUUUACAGCACCAACCUAGCAGCAGCCGUUCAGAGAGCCGAACCAUUCAAAGCUUCUCUUUGCCUGAUGUUGGUAUGAACUUCUGCCAAACUGAGGUUUUAUCGAAGCAUUUCGAAACAGUCCAUAAUAAGCAGCAACAGCAACAGCAGCAGCAGCAGCAGGAUUCGGUCGUUUUACAGAAACCAGGCGUCGGUCAAGUGAGUAGUAGUAGUAGUAAUGUUAAUGGUCAAUGUUCUAGAGCAAGGUUCUUUUAAGUAGGGAGGGAAGGAUUAUGUGCAGUUGUAGACCAAGUAGAAUCUUAGUUUCAGGUUUUCCGUGAUGUUUUAUGUUGUUGUCUGGAGUUUCUGAUUAAUGUUGUAAAACUGUACUUUCAGAUGAUAGAUGCUGAUGAUGGCCUUUUAAGUUUAAAA